CAGAAGAUCGCCGGGCAGGGGGGACCUGCCCGGUCGGACCGGAGGGCGAGGAUGGACACUCCAGCUGCGUUCUGAGCCUGUGUAGAAUAUAACAUCUUUGUAAACUACAUCACCCCGUCGUCCAGCCUAGGCCACCAACCCCCUCGUCCCCUCUACUACUAGAUCUCCCGAAGUCGGAAGCGCGAAAAAGCGCGCGAUGGCAGAUAACUUGAAGAAGCUGGCUCAAAGUGAAUCUUUUCUAUCGCUGCAGGAUAAAGUCUGCUUCUGGGCGAACGACUACCAGUCAAACUCCUGUGAUCAAAAUCUAAACUGUUGCAUCGAACUCAUCGAACAAGUGGCGAAGGUGCAGGCACAGCUCUUUUCAAUCCUCACAUCGACAGCCCAAGAAGGGGGACAUAAUGAGGGUGUGGAGACAAUCAAGAGUCGCCUUUUGCCCUUGCUGCAGACUUCCUUCAGCUCUCUAGGCGUGGGAAAAAUUGUUCACUCCGAGAUCCGUCCUAUACAGGAUUUCCAACUUAGAAGUAAAAAUAGACAAAGUUCUCUGGAUCAGGAACAACAGCAGUCGGAUGGUGAUUCGUUCAUAGAGAGUCAGCCAACCCAGGUUCAAGACGAUCUGACUGAAAGUGGAAAGAAUCUUGAAGGAACCAAAAACGGAUCAGCCAUAUCCCUCCUGGCUGCAGAAGAAGAGAUAAAUCAGCUAAAAAAACAGCUCAAAUCUCUUCAAGCCCAGGAGGAUGCCCGCCACAAAACCUCAGAGAAUCGUCGCGCUGAGGUUUCAAGAACCGAUCGAAAACCUUCAGGCAAACGAAAUCCAGAACGGCCCCAAGAUGUGGUGUCCAACUAUGAGAAACACCUGAAAAAUCUCAAGGACGAGAUAGCUGUCUUGUCUGCUGAGAAAAGUGGUCUCCAGGCAAGUCAUAGGCAGACCAGGAGCCGGUCUCCUAGCCCAGGCCCCCGAGGCCCCCGAGGGCCCCGUGGCCGCCGCCGUAGCCGCAGCCACAGCCGCAGCCACAGCCGCAGCCACAGCCGCAGCCACAGCCACAGCAACAGCCACAGCAACAGCCGAUCCAAUAGUCCCUGCACCACAGUGGCCAAGGUCAGAAGCCCGUCCCCAAACCGAGCCAAAAUGUCCAGCGUGGCUCGCAAAGCAGCUCUCCUGUCCCGAUUCAGCGAUGCCUAUUCCCAGGCCCGCCUGGAUGCACAGUGCCUGCUGCGGCGUUGCAUUGACAGGGCUGAGACAGUGCAGCGGAUCAUUUACAUCGCCACAGUGGAGGCAUUUCACAUAGCUAAAAUGGCAUUCAGGCAUUUCAAGAUCCGGGUGAGGAAGAUGCUGACACCAUCACACGUGGGAUCCAAUGACUUUGAGACCGCAGUCUCUGACUAUAUCGUUUGUCAUCUGGACCUAUAUGACUCUCAAAGCAGUGUCAAUGAUGUGAUCCGUGCCAUGAACGUCAACCCCAAGAUCUCAUUCCCUCCGGAAGUCGACUUCUGCCUCCUCACUGACUUCAUCCAGGAGAUUUGCUGUAUUGCUUUUGCAAUGCAGUCCUUAGAGCCACCCCUUGAUAUCGCAUUUGGGGCAGACGGAGAAGUCUUUAACGAGGCCAAGUACCGCCGCAGCUAUGACUCGGACUUUACGGCUCCCUUGGUCUUUUAUCACGUGUGGCCUGCUCUCAUGGAGAAUGACUGUGUCAUUAUGAAGGGAGAAGCUGUCACCAAGAGAGGGGCUUUUUGGACCACUGUGCGACCAGUAAUGCGAUGCCGUAGCAGGAGCUUAAGUCCCAUCUGUCCUCGUAGUCGUUUCGGAAUAAGCACGGUACAUUCCUGUGUAACCAUUCCUGCAGAUGACCUUGUAUCUCGGAGUCGAAGUCCUUCGCCAAUAAGGUGUACAUUCGCAAGGUAUUAAAACCACCAGCCACAUCCGUUUGCCGCAGUUGGACCAGCCAGCUUCCCCAGAGUAUCCACCCACCUGCCUUGUCUGCCUCCGACCUCGUUAAACAUGAAAUGAAAAGGCAA